AUAUCUAACAAUUUUAUACAUGCAGGAACUCCCUGAUGGACAACAUAAAAUCAGCCACUGAUAUUGUGAAGGACGUUGGCCCUACAGUUUGGAAAUAUGUCAAGUAUCAAUUUUGUCCCAAUGUUUAUGUGGAUCAAUACGUAGCUGUGCAAAAUAAGCUGAAGCGCCAACUAGAUGACGUUGAGGCAAAAUUAGAAACACAACUUAACCGGCCAGCAAAGAAAGCAAGGAGCCAAGUUGACAAUUGGCUGGAGGAAGCGCGCAAAGAAACUGCCGUCAACGCUGAAGAUCUGAUCUGCAGAGAAAGCUAUUUCAAAAAUAUUUGCUCAUCAAGAAAGCUCGAUGAAAAGACUGAAGCACUGAAUGGAAUAUUUAUGGAAGGAGAAAAUUACAUUAAUGAUAGUCAAAGUUUGGUCAUAGAUGAUCAAUCAAUUGAGUAUUGCACAAUUGUAUUCAAAGAAAAGCAAGAGCAGCUGAAGCUCCGGCAACAAGACAUUGAGGCAAAAUUGGGGACUCAGCGUAUGCAACCUGGAAAGAUUGCAAGGAAGGAAGUUGAAGACUGGAUGGCGAAAGCAGGCCAUCAAAUUGCCAUAAAGGUUGAAGACCUUAUCAGCCAAGGGGAAUGUUCUUCAUCAUCCAACCUUGAGAAAAAGAUUGAAGAAUUGAACCAAACAUUUAAGCAAGGAGAAAAAUACAUGAAUGCUGGUGAGAGUUUGGUCGUAGAUGAUCACUCAAUGGGGUAUUGUGCACCUGCAUUCAAAGAAAAGCAAGGGAGGCUGAAGCACCAAAAGGAACUCAUUGAAGCAAAUUUGAAGACUGAAUGUAUGCAGCCUAGAAAGAUUGCCAGGAAGGACGUUAAAGAGUGGCUGGAGAAAGCAAGCCAACAGAUUGCCAUAGAGGUUGAAGAUCUAAUCAGCCAAGGGGAAUGUUCCUCAUCAACCAACCUAAAGAAAAACACCGAAGAGUUGAAGCAAAUGCUUGAAGAAGGAAAAGAAUUCACUAAUGCUGGUGUGAGUUUGGUCAUAGAUGAUCACUCAAUCAAAGGAGUUCCACUACUCGUUGAAGAAUGCAGGGGCAGGGAUGAUAUACAAGAUCAAAUUCUGGAAUGGUUGAAGGGAGAUGGGGUUACAAGAAUUGCAGUUUUGGGAAUGGGCGUGUCAAGAGACUUUGACAUUAUUGUCCAGCAAAAAAGGAAGUUUGAUACUCUCAAGUUUCAGAAAGGGAUUGCAAGUAGCUUGGAAUUAGAACUGGAGCCAGAGGAUCAUGAGAAUGAAACCAGGCUUGUAGGAUUGAUUUCACAAAAGUUGAGGCAAGGCAACUCUGUGCUAAUUCUAGAUGAUGUGUGGCAGCAAUUUUGUCUAGAAGAUGUUGGAAUUCCUAUUCUAGAUGGAAAUAAUGGUUGCAAGUUAAUAUUCACAACGCGGUUACAAGAAGUUGCUCAUGCAAUGGAGUGUGAGGUGAUCUCUGUGAAUCCUUUUCCACCUAAAGAAGCAUUAGAAUUAUUCUUGGAGAAAGUUGGAAGUGCAGUGUUAUCAGAUGGCAGAAUUAAAGUAGAUAUAAAGCCAUUUUUGGAGCAAAUUUUGCAGAAAUGUGGUGGAGUACCUCUUGCUAUAGUGACAAUGGCAAAAUCAAUGAGAGGGAAAUUACUUCCUCGUCAUUGGAAGUUGGCACUAUCUGAAUUUAGUAAAUUUGAAAGCAUUAUUGAUUGUUUGAAAUUCAGUUAUGAAUGCCUAGAACCACAAUGCCAAGAGUGUUUCCUAUACUGUGCAUUGUAUCCUGAAGAUGCUGGAAUCUACAAGGAGUUAAUUGAGUAUUGGAUUGAGGAGGGACUUAUAUAUAAAGAAGGGAUAACUAGGGAGGCAAUGAAUUGGAAAGGUCAUGAUAUACUUGAUAAGCUGGUUGACAGUUGCUUGUUGGAGUUGGUUAGAGGCAGUGAAUAUCGUGUGAGUAUGCAUGAUCUUCUCCGAGAAAUGGCAUUGGAAAUCAAUCCUCAAUUCUUGGUGAAAGCUGGCAUGGCCUUGGAAAAGUUACCAGAGGAGGAUGAAUGGAGAGAAGAUCUUUUGAAGGUUUCUUUAAUGAGGAAUCACAUAACAGAAAUUCCUUCAAGCAUGUCAUCCCCAAAGUGUCCUAUGCUCACAACCUUGCUAUUGUCCAAUAACAAUAUUUCAACCAUUCCAGAAGCUUUUUUUGAGCAUAUGCUUGGGCUCAAGGUUCUUGAUCUUUCCAAUAAUCGUGAGCUAAGUAGGCUGCCGACUUCUAUUUCCAAAUUGGAGAAGCUUACUACAUUAUUGUUGGAGGAUUGUAAGUCCUUGAGAGACGUAUCAUCUUUAUCCAACCUUGUAGGCUUAAAAAAGUUGGACUUUUCCAGGACAUCAAUUGAAGAACUACCACAACGCCUCAACAUGUUAACAAAUCUAAAAUAUCUUGGUCUUGGUGGAAGAUUAUCUGAAAAACUUGAUGAACCGCUACAAAAUCUCUCCAAACUUCAGCAUUUACUAGUAAUUGCCAAUCCCGAUGCCAAAACAAAAUUUAAAUGGGAGAAGAUUGGAAUUUGGGGGAAGCUUCAAAACCUUGAGAAGCUGGAUCUUCGUUCUUUGCAUAACUUGAAUAUGGUGUUUGGGGAAGUAGGAGCAAUUGCUGAGUCAGCAUCGCUACCAGCUGGCACAUUUUCCUCUCUUCAAUAUAUUAAUGUUGAGGAAUGUGAUCGACUAAAGAAGUUAUUCUCGGUAAGGUGGUUGGGAUAUCUCCAGAAACUGCAGACUAUUGAGGUUAAAGAUUGUGAGCAACUGGAGGAGAUAAUAGGGUUUGAAUAUGAGGAAGGAUACAAAGUCACUCUACCCAACUUAGAAAGAUUGAAAUUUACGAUUGCAAAAUUAUAGAGAGUGUUUUUUGGUUGGGGUUCAACCCACUUCCAAAUCUUGAAUAUCUAGACCUUCAUCAUUUACAGAAUCUGAAAUUUCUGUUUGAUGAAGAAGGUCUUGGUUUAUCGCCACUUGUACCUCCCACAAGCUUUUUCUCUCUUAAAGAAAUUAUGGUUAUUAAUUGUUAUCAAUUAAAGAAGGUAUUCUCAUUUGGAUGGCUGCUUCGCUACUUCCAAUCUCUAGAGACUAUUAAGGUUCAAGGGUGUUGGCAAAUGGAGGAGCUGAUAUCGUCAUCGGCAGAUGUAGAAGAAAAAGUCACUCUAUCCAAGUUACAAUGGUUGAAAUUGAUCGACUUGCCCAAAUUGAAGACCAUCUGUAGCGGUUCUUUGAUUUGUGAUUCCAUCAAGAAGAUUGAAAUUUUUAAGUGUAAAAAUAUAGAGAGUGUUUUUUGGUCAGGGUUCAACCCACUUCCAAAUCUUGAAUAUCUAGACCUUCGCCAUUUACAGAAUCUGAAAUCUGUGUUUGAUGAAGAAAGUCUUGGUUUAUCGCCACUUGUAUCUCCCACAAGCUUUUUCUCUCUUAAAGAAAUUAGGGUUGAUAGGUGUAAUAAAUUAAAGAAGGUCUUCUCAUCUGGAUGGCUGCUUCGCUGCUUCCAGUCUUUAAAGACUAUUGAGGUUGAAAGGUGUUGGCAAAUGGAGAAGCUGAUAUCGUCAUCGGCGCAUGAAGAAGAAAAAGUCACUUUACCC